AUGCUUGGAGUUCCAGACGCACAGAAUAGGCGUCAAGCAGGAAUGGUCAGCAGCAUGGAACGAAAUCACGCUGAAAGCUGCAUUCCUUCAGCCAACCCACGUGGCGGGCGCAUUGGAUGCCAUGCAGGAGGUGGAGCUGGGAUACUUGCCGCGAGAAUGGGAGGCCCUGCAGUCCUCCUUCGGUGA